UUUGGUCGUGCUCCCUGCCCAGCCAGAGCCAAGAACCAGACCGGGUUUCUUACCCAUAGCGGUGACGGCGGCGAGGACAAUCUGCAGUUGCAAACGAGACGGAGAUGGAGGUGGAUGCGUGGGGGAAGAGCGACCACAAGGGGGAAGGGGAAGGCGAAGCGUCGAAGAGGAGGAACAUAGACUCCGAUGCGGAGGUUGCGGUGUGGGACCGCGAGUUGAUGUGGUUGCAGAUGGAUUUGGAGGAGUUGUGUACGGAGACGAAGGCGGUGAGGAAGAAAGUCCUCGUUGGGGAAGAGGUAGGCAAAUCAGUGAAUUCAGACGCGGAGCUGACGAAGAGGACGGAGCCGGAGAUAAUGAUGAAGAGGGAGGCGGCGAGGGAGAUACACUUCGAAGUGGAAGGGACAGGCAAAUCGGUGAAGAUAGAGGCCGAUGCGGAGUGGAAUAGCGGGAAGGGGGAGGUAAUGAGGAAGAGGGAGGGUGCUAGGAAGAGAGGCUCCAAAGGGAAAGGGAAAGGCAAAGCGGUGAACAUGUACUAUGCCGAAAAGUUGCAGCGGGAGUUGGAGAAGUAUGAGGAGUAUAAGAAGAGGAUGGAGGAAGAGUUUGAUCCGAACUCAGAGGAGGUAACGGACCCUUAUGCCUUCGAAGCUAGGUCCUUCGAAAAGUGGUGGAACGAUGUCUAUGCCAGGACGGGCUACGGUCGCUUCGAGGACAACACGUCCAUCCCUUGCAAGCGUUUUACAUUUGAUCCCGCUCCAUGUGGUGCCAUAAAGUGCGAAACCCUACAGGUGUUUUCAGUCAAAGUUGCAGAAUUAACAGGAGGUUUACAGUGGCCGCUUGAUGUGUUUGGUAUGGUUGCGCUACGCGACACAAUGGAUUUCAAUCGCAAUAUUAUCUUCGAGUGCGGAAGGGAUAACUGUCAAACCCUCACCGAUGAGAAUCCAUAUCUAGUACUGACAGGUCCUGUGCGCGGUGUCUUGUUGUGUGAUUAUGUGGUCUUUGAGGUUUCAUUGUAUGUGAGGGGCACUAGUAAAUCCGACGAUAAAGAAUUAAACCUUCUAGCUAUUAAAGUCAGGAGCGACUCUUGCCCAUCGGCUUCGCUGCUGAUUAUGCAAUCUUACACUAGCAGGCUUAGCACGCUGGGCUUUAAGCUCGGCCAUAUCAUUUCCUCUGUGGAAGCUACAAUCAGUGUGAAAGUCAUUUCUGGGCCACCGGAUGGUUUUCAUGGUAAGUUUUUUGCCUCUACUGACAGUAUAGAACAUGAAAUCUUGUUGCAUAAUUCUGGAGAUGAGGAAUUGCAUCAAACUGGUGAUGAGAUCAGCCUUUCACGGAGUGUUGUUUCUGUUGAAAGCCAUAGAAAGCUGACAGUUUCCGUUAGGGCUUCGGAUGGUUAUGUUACCUCAACGGGUACAAAGGAUUUUGAACCUCAGGAAAAGGGUACAAGCUCUAAAGAGAUUGACAUUGCUGGCUUGUGCCUGUUAGAAGUCACUGUCGCCUGGUCUCUUAUCUAUCACUCUUAGUAUCUAGCUAUCAGUGUAGUUUAGUUGCUGGAAGUACUGAUGUUGCAAAUACGGUGGGCAGUAGCAUGUUAAUGAAGAUUUCGAACUUGGUACUGUAAUGAUGAAACCAGGUCAUGUUUGCAUGUGGAUGGAGCAGAUUUGAUGUCGUUAUCGCCUCUCUUUUGGGCACACAUGAUGAAUGAUUAAUAUCCAUG